UUGCAGACGUAGAAUCAACAUGGCCGAAAGCGUGACAGUACAGCCGGUUCUCAAUGAGACAAAUAAUGAUACACUUGCAAAUGCAACUGCCAAAAUCCCGGCCACUCCAGAGGGUAUGGCCGUUGCAUACGCCAGCCUAUUUUUGAUGGCUAUUUUCCCGAUUUUCGUCGGUGCCUUCCGUUCAGUGAAACACCAUAAGGAGCAAAAGAUUUCAUUUCAGGAAUCGGGUGAGAAGCCAGAUACUAUGUCCAGUAAAGAUGCAGCAAUGUUUCCCAUCAUCGCCAGCUGUACUCUGCUAGGAAUCUACAUUGUAUUCCAGUUAUUCUCCAAAGAGUACAUAAACUUACUUCUAGCUGUGUAUUUCUUUUUCCUUGGAGUUCUGGCUUUGGCCCACAUUGCAAGCCCUGUGGUUUCUAAAUUUAUCCCACCUUCCUUCCCCAAUCUUGACUAUCACCUCACAUUCACUCAAGGGAAGGGAGACAAGAAAGAAGAAAUUAUGAACUAUGAAUUUGACAGAAAGGAUCUAGUAUGUCUAGGAUUGUGUAGUGCUGUUGGUGUCUGGUACCUUGCCAAAAAGCAUUGGUUGGCCAACAACCUGUUUGGACUUGCCUUUGCUGUGAACGGUGUGGAGCUUCUGUCCCUCAACAGAAUCAGCACCGGCUGCAUCCUUCUAGGAGGACUGUUUUUGUAUGAUAUAUUCUGGGUGUUUGGAACCAAUGUUAUGGUCACAGUUGCCAAGUCGUUUGAAGCUCCAAUCAAACUGGUGUUCCCCCAGGAUCUACUAGAGAGGGGCCUGGCUGCCAACAACUUCGCCAUGCUGGGUCUAGGGGACAUCGUCAUCCCAGGGAUAUACAUAGCUCUUCUAUUACGUUUUGACGUCAGCCUAAAGAAGAACUCUAAGGUCUACUUCUAUGCUGGCUUCGUUGCCUACUGCCUUGGUCUUUUCACAACCAUUGUUGUCAUGCACUUCUUCAAACAUGCACAGCCUGCCCUGCUAUAUCUGGUGCCAGCCUGCGUUGGAGUGCCCAUACUUGUAGCAUUAGUUAGAGGAGAACUCAAGGAGCUGUUCAGUUAUGAAGAUCACUCGGACCAGAAGGAGGAAUCUGAAGGAGAGAAGAAAGAAGAGAAAAAGGCAGAAGUAAAGAAGGACAAGUGAUAGGAUGUGGGUGAAAGCCAAAAUCAAACUGCCUGAUCCUGGGGCUCAUUCAUAGACAACUCUGGUCAUACAAGGAUGCUGUCAAGGGGGGCCAUUCUUAGCAAACCUUGGUAUAUUUCUGCUAAUGUUUAUUUUUGUGUGUCUUAAGUAGAAAAACAACUGGAUGUCUUUAUAGGAGCUGUUAGCUUUGGCCAGGACUGUUGAAUGUUCAUUGGACUGACUGCUGCGAAGCAUUUAUUUGAUAGGAUGUGGAUGGUGUGUGAUGAACUCCUCGGUGCUCUCGGUUAAGUUUUAAAUGUAGCUUCAUUUUGUACUUUUAUCUGGAUUAAGAUAUGUUCUGGAUCAUUUACCAUUGCCAUAAUCUGCAUAUAUAUGUUUUGUAACUUUGACAAUAUUGGUCACUUCAGUAGCAUAACAUCUGAUUUAUGUUGUGAUAAUGAAAGGGGACUGUAUUGCAAAGCUUUCUUCAUCAUGUGGACACUGAAAAGUAGGUACAGACAGCUUAGCCUCUUGUUCUUUAGGCUGAGAAAAAAAUUAAUUCAUAGUUACACAGGAAUUGUUUUGAUAUUUUGUUUUCUGUCAGUGGUUAACUUUAUCUUAUUUUGUUGUCGAACAUGGUGGCAUUGCACAAAGCGAUCUUAGUGCUAAGGUGAUUG